AUGUCUUGCAAGUCUUGGUUUUCUAUCGUUGUAAUCUCAUUAUUGUUAGUAUGUAUACUGCUAAGUUUCCCGAGGGAGUUCGUUGUUCCUAAACAAGCUCGUUCACGAUGGACCGGAUAUUUGGCAUGGCAUCCAGAAAUAAUCGAUUUUGAUCAACAAAAGGGCGAUUCAUUCACGCUCCUUUCCAUAACGUUAAUGGGAGUCUUUGGCUAUCUGUGCAUAAAAUGGACAUACAAUGAUAAUCUUUCAACAAAACAUGUCUCUUAUUUCUACAAAAACGGAGUGUCCAUUCCAACCACACUGUUCAAUCAGUUGAUCUCAAUGUAUAUAUUUAUGACCUUUAUUGCCGCAAUCGCAUAUUUCAUUCUUGAUGUGGGAAAGAUCUGGUCCGUGUGGGGAUUACUGCAUAAUAUGUUGGAAAUCGCAAUCCUACUGGUGUUGCAUAAUAAUGGAAAGAUUAAGAACAAUUGGUUCUUCGUGUGGAUGGGAUUGUAUGUGAUUGUCACGGCAGUGUUUAACAUUUGGUUGGACUGGCCAAACGAUGGAAUCUAUUUCAAAAUACAAGGUCUUUGCACAGAUUGGGCAGUUUGGCUUCAAUUUACGCGAGUUUAUCUGACAACUCGUAAAUACCUCGGGAGUGAACCAUCCGCGCAGAUUCCUUUUGCUUUACCGCCUGCUGUCAACAACCCGAAUGACGAGUUUUAUCCUCAAAUAGUGGAGCAUCCUCACCAAUUACUUUUAUUGGUACUUGGGUCAUUUAUUCACGUUAUUGGUAACAUUGCAAACUCUGUUUGGAUCGAUAGUGCUGCCGCGUAA